AUGCACCUGAAGACGAAUGUGACUGAAUUUAUUCUGCUCGGCUUGUCUCAGGAUCCUAUUAAAAAGAGAAUAGUAUUUGUCUCUUUCUUGAUUUUCUAUUUGGGAACCUUGCUAGGAAACUUUCUGAUUGUUGCUACCAUCAAAACCAGCAGAGCACUUGGGAGUCCCAUGUACUUCUUUCUCUUCUACUUAUCCUUGUCUGACACCUGCUUCUCUACUUGCAUAGCCCCCAGAAUGAUCGUGGAUGCACUUUUGAAGAAUGCCACUAUCUCUUUCAAUGAGUGUAUCCUACAAAUCUUUUCACUGCAUUUCUUUGGCUGCCUGGAAAUCUUCAUCCUGAUCAUCAUGGCUCUUGACCGCUAUGUGGCCAUCUGUAAACCCCUGCAUUACAUGACCAUCAUGAAUCGCAGAGUUUGUAAAGCACUGGUGGCUGUGGCCUGGGUGGGGUCCUGUGUGCAUUCUUUAACUCAGAUUUUUCUGACCUUGAGUUUGCCUUUCUGUGGUCCUAAUGUGAUUGAUCACUAUGUAUGUGACUUGCAGCCUUUGCUGAAUCUUGCCUGUGCAGACACCUACAGGAUCAAUCUACUCUUGGUAUCUAAUAGUGGAGCCAUCUGUACUGUGAGUUUUGUCAUGCUGAUGUUCUCCUAUGUUGUCAUCUUGCAUCAUCUCAAAAAUCACAGUAAAGAGGACAGGAAAAAAGCCCUCUCUACCUGCAUCUCCCACAUCACUGCAGUCAUUUUGUUCUUUGGUCCAUGCAUAUUUAUAUACACACGUCCUGCAACUACUUUCUCUAUGGAUAAAAUGAUAUCUGUCUUCUAUACUAUAGGAACACCUUUGAUCAAUCCUUUGAUUUAUACACUUAGAAAUGCCGAAGUGAAAAAUGCCAUGAGAAAGUUAUGGAGCAAUAAAUUAUUUUCAGGAGGCGAAAUAUAA